UGAGCCGGCUCAUAAGUUGGCGUCCGGAGAUUGUUCCCUGCUUUUGCUAAGGCCAACGUCACACAGUACCGCCCCUACAAACUUUCAGAGCGCCAGCUCUCUUUUUUCCCAGAGAUAGAAAAAGAGGGGAGAGAGAGAAGGGUGUGUGUGUGUGUGUUUAUCACUGCUCCCUGGUCCCUGACCCAUACUUGAAGCUUUUCUUUGGCCAGUGUGUUACUGGGUGGAGGAGAUAGCAGUGAUAGAAGAGCAGAGGGGGAGGGUGGGUGGGAGGAGCUAAGUUUUGUUCUUACUGUUCUUUUACAGGUUUCUUUUUAGUUAGAAGUCUUCUGAAACAGGCCGCAAAGGACAUAGAACGAGAGCAGAGAGCUGUUUGCUUUCUUUGUGGUAAAGUGUUUUCAGCAAAGAGCAGGAGCGUGUGUGUGUACAAGGAGGUCUUCUUCUCCCUGAGACGAAGCUGUCUGUCUUAACCCCGAGAGAGAGAGAGAGAGAGAGAGAGAGAGAGAGGAUAGUGAUGAGAACAGUAGAGCUAACUCUAGAAGGCAAGAGGAGCUCUGGAGAAACAGUAAAUAAGGCCGCAUUAGUAAGCUGGAGAGCGUCUGGAUUGGAAGAGAUCAGCUUCUGAAGUACAACUGGUUGAUCUAAAAGGAGGGUAUUUUUCAUCCGUUUCAAUCCCCACUGGAGGAAAAAAAAAUAAAAAGAGAAUUUUGAGGGAGACAGAAAGAAAGUUGAGCAGAAAAUUCAGUGGUAAGCGAGAGAAAUGCAUUCGGGUUUCGGAGGAGUGUCUGAGAUCCAACAGUUCAUGGUGGAUGGCUCCACCCAUUCUUUCUUCUCAAUCUCCUCCAACACACCCCCAACACCUAACUCUGUUACCACCGCCGGGCAUGAAAUCUACCAUCCCGCCGCCGUAGCACCGGCCAACAGAUUAAUCAACACCUUCUACCGCCAUCCCAGCCAAUACUCGCAGCCAACUCCGCCGCCGCCGCCUCAUUUCCCUCAUUUCAACUCAAAUAUCCCCAUAACUCAACAGCUCUUCACCCCGCCACCUCAGCCUCGUCACCACCAUCAUUUUCAGCUCUUUCAAAGUAACCAACAUGAUCACCGCCGCCUCCUCGACCACGAACAUGACCAAGAGAAUUCCGUUGGCGGCCCGCCACAUUUUCUCACCGCCGAUAUGAAGUUUAAGCUCGCCGUCGACGACAGCAGCUGCAGCGGUAGCCGCCAUACCUUCAACAACGACAACGAUAUUCCCGGAGGCAUUCUUCACGACGAAAAUGCCUCCGAUAGCCGGUUACGUUCUUGGCAUAAAGAAGAGAGCUGCGCCAUAAAGGAGCCAUUUUGGCGGCCAUUAGAUUUAGACUACAUUAACAGCAACAACAAGCGGUGCAAGGACAAGGAAUCAGCCGAGCUGAACUUCGCUCAGCGAAGCAGAGUAACAGAGGAGCUAGAGAAUUCCCAUCCAGGCAACAACUACAAACUCUUCAGUGAGCUUGAAGCCAUCUACAAACCUGGCGGAAGCAACUCCACCGCCACCGAACCAGCCAACAAUAACCAAACCACCACCCACGCAGCUAAUCAAACAACCGGCUCUGGCUCAGCUCUCACCGGCGACGACCACCCUCUCAUACCCCCUGUCACCGCAGCAUUCGACCUCGACUACCGCCUCGAAGACGACAAUUCCACCGGCGGAGAAGCUCAGACAAAUCUCAAGAAAGCCCAACACCAUUCCCGCCGCUGUCGACGACGGCGACGGCGGAAAAUGAAGUCCAUCGCCGCAUUCUUCGAAGGACUGCUAAAACAGCUGAUGGGUCACCAGGAAGCCCUGCAUCAAAAAUUUCUCAACGUAAUGGAGCAGCGUGACAAGGAGCGGGUUGGGCAGGAAGAACUCCGGCGGGAGCAGGAAGCCUCUCGGGCUCGCCGGGAGGCCGUAGCUCGCGCGCAUGACCGCGAACUCGCCGCCGCACGUGAAUCAGCCAUACUCUGUUUCCUAGAAAAAAUAACAGGAGAAACCAUUAACCUUCCAUCCUACCCCAACGUUUCCUCAGAGAGAAACGACGCCGUUGACAAAGAAGGCGACUUUAUUUCUCCUCCGCUUAUCUCGACGAGCAGGUGGCCUAAAAUAGAAGUCCAGGCGCUGAUUCAGGUGCGUAGCGAGCUGGACGGGCAAUUCCAAGAGCCGGGUCUAAAAGGCCCACUUUGGGAGGAAGUCAGCGCCGCCAUGACGGCAAUGGGAUAUCACCGGAGCGCUAAGCGAUGCAAGGAAAAGUGGGAGAACAUCAACAAAUACUUCCGCAAAAGCAAAGAGAGUGGCCGGAAACGUUCUCAGCACUCCAAGACCUGUCCUUAUUUCCACCAGCUGGACCAGCUUUACUCCAACGACAAUGGCCGGAAGCGCAAGAACUCGGAGCUCCUCGACGCCGUGGUCGUCACCGGCGUAGGAGAGGAGGUGGGUGACAGCGAAGGGCGGAGGACGGCGGCUGAAGAGGCGGAACGGGAGGAUGAAGAGGUGGACGACGAGUCGAGUCAAUUCGUGGAACAGCUGCAGUAAUUGGAAUGCGUGCCGUGCAGAGAAUUGUUUGUUAGCAGUAAUAUAAUUACUAAUAAGACAUAUCUUCGAUUAUCAGUUCCUGCGAAGUUCUUACUUUCUAUCUAAUAAAAAAUAUGUUUUUUAUUAAAUAAUAAUGGAUUCCUCUGUCGAGACGAUUUUUUACCCAUAGU